CCACUUUAACUUUCUCAGACAGUAACGACCCGUCAGUAAGAGGUUUAUCCCUUCAGGAAACUCUCCUUCGUGUCCGUGGAUUGUUGGACUUAAAAACACAAACCCGCCGUGAUUUCCCAGGAGAAAAGACCGAUUUUAUUCUUGAGAUCUCCGGGGUUUUGUUGCCACAUUCCUGAAGUUUCUGCAGACAGCAUCGCGUUUUUUACCCGGAUAUGGCUCUUCUGUGCAGGAGAGGAAGCUGAUUCGAGUCAAACAUUUGCUUCAGUCUUCUGCUUUUAGCCAGACACGUUUUAAAAAGCAAGAAUGCCAGCAAAGACACCAAUCUACCUAAAAACUACAACCCCAAAGAAAGGGAAGAAGCUGCGGCUGCGUGACGUCCUGUCUGGGGACAUGAUCAGCCCCCCGCUGGGGGACGUGCGCCACAGUGCGCACGUGGGACCGGAAGGCGAGGGGGACAUGUUUGGAGACGUGGGCUUCCUCCAGGGGAAGAUGGACAUGCUUCCGGGCCACGGCCACGCGCGCUCGCACAGCGUGGACCGGGCCGCCACGCAGGAGCCCCGCAGCUUCGCCUAUAACGGUUGCCGCUACCAGCAGGCCUCCAACGGGCUGCUGAAGAGCACCGUGUCCAUGCCGGUGUGCGUCGCCCACGAGCAGGCCCCGCCCAAGCCGCCGCGGCUUCACCUGGACCAGCAGCCAGGUGAGCCGGGUGACGCUCAGCCGGAAGUCUGCGUGGCGUCUGCUGUGCGCAGGCUCGUCCCGUCAUCCGGGUCCUUCUCGGAGGCGUCGUCGGAGGACUCCGUGUCGGAGACGUGUGGACCCCCGGAUGUCCGCCGCGGCCUCAGCCUGGACUCGGACGCCGGGUUGAGCAACGAGGAUCUGAGCAGCGAGCGCAGCGACUCGCCCUGCCCGGUGCUGGGCCUGCAGCCGGCCGACUCCCUGGCCAGGCUGGACCUGGACCUGGACCUGGGCCCGUCCAUCCUGGAGGACGUGUUGAGCAUCAUGGACCGCUAUAAGGCCGAGGACGACCGCUGCGAGCUGUGAGGACAGGACUCUGAGAGACAUGCCGAGACUUUAGCUGAGUGCAGUGGCGUCCCUAAGAGGGGGGCUAGAGGGGGCAACAUGUUUGACCCCCAGUCAUCUCCUUUCAUCAAGACAUACACAUAAAACCCCAUAAAUACAUACAUAUAAAAAAAAACAUACAAAAAAGAUAUUAUAAUAUAAUAUGAUAUUAUACUAAAGUGUGAUAUAGGCUAAAUCACUUGUUUCAGAAAGUUGCAUGUGGAAGCUGGGAGCCAAUUUCUGAAAGCAGUAUCUGUGUUUGUGGUGCCAUGAAUGCUGAUCCAUGCAUUUAUAGCCAUAUAGUUCCCUAAAAAAAACAAGUAAUAAAUAGUAGAGUUUUUUUUGUCACUAUUUUUUUAAAAUCAUUUUCACAAUAGUACCACAAAAUAUUGUGAUAACUUUUCCUUGCCUGGUCUGGCCUUUAGGGGGCGCCACUGAUGAAAUGCAGAACUGUUGCUGCUUUAGAUGCUUCUCCAGAACCUGAAUCCUGACAGAAACCUGCCACCAUCGAAGCGCAGAGCACUUCCUGUUCCCUUAUGGUUGACCACGUGAUAAAUAUUCCCAGAUGGACCUGGGAAACCAAACAGCUGCACAUUUAUUAUUAGAAACUUCGCUGGAUCUUCUGUCCGAUUACGUUUCCUUGGAUUUUUUACUUUUUUUUUUGUUUUUAGAUUUCAGUCACCAGCUACUGUUGAUAAACUGUUGUUUUGUUUUAUCAGAAAGAGACUCAGGAUGUUUCCGUUUUUAUUUUUGGAUGGUUUGGAAGCUUUAAGUGUCAGAAAAAUGUUCAGUUUUUUAUUUGCAGAUCUCCUGUUUAAAAUCUGUCAGCAUGAACAGUAGCCUACCAUUGAAAUGUUAUUUUAUUCUGUAAAUAUCUCUGUAAAUCUAAAAUAAAGAUAUUUCUUAUAAAUAAAGUCUGCUUUUCUGGACAGAUGUUCA